CUUCCUCCUUUGCAGUUUUCAUCAGAAAAAACAGCUUUUGGAUGUCAUCAAAGAGACGACGUUGGCUCAACUCACAGAAAAGGCAUCGCCGGUGCUACAAAUCGUGAGCAUGCUUAGCCACACUCCCGACAAAGAGCAUCGACGUCAAAUCUUACGUUCUGCUGCUGGCGGUGGAGGCAUUCACUCUGCUUCCGGUGGAGGCACGGUGACCGUCCCUGAAGGAAAUCUUCUCCACAUUGCCAAUCAAGCCAACGACCUCAUCAACGACAUGGAGGAGAAACCGAAAGUGAAUGACCGAAAGCUACUGGCAAAGCUCAUUCUCAUCAGAGAAGAAGCACACGAUAUGCUCGGCGGAGGUAUUCUCGACGAGCGAAACAAGCCGGGACUUAAAAGCUUGCCCGCACCCGAGGUAAACUUCAUCUCGAAGUUAGUCGCAGUAAGACCAGGGCCUCUUCUACGCGAGAAGCUCGAGAAUGUAAUGCGGGGGAGGGACGAAGGCGCGGACGUUGAAAUGGAGGAGUCACAAGAAGGCGAUGAGAAAAACGUUAAAGUGAAGAAAAUGAAGAUGGUGCUUCCCGUCCGGCCUGGAAUGUUUCUCGAGACUGUGACAAAGUUGCUCGGUGGCAUGUAUAAUAACAAAACCGCUGCUGGAAUCACAGUCCAGCACCUCGACUGGACUUACAGGACGACUCUCGAAAUCCUCCAAGAAAUCGCCCACGGGAAGCACAGCGUCAAAAACGAAACAAACGCUGACAAUACAAAGGACUUCAAAACCUCUAGUUCGUAAGCAUGUUUCCAUAAACAUAUUUUUAAUGAAACUCUGUACAUUACUUCU